CCGAGACAAGAUCGGGGUGGGGAGUAACAGGGCGGUAUUUAAAAACCUGCUGAAGGAGCUUCCGCGGCAGUUGUGAACUGGUGAAUCUUCAGAGCUGAGACCUUCCACACCAAACAUUGGCAUAAAUGCCGAGUAACAGAACCAGAAUUGAGCGCAGUAGGAUGCAGAAGGUGCAGCAGAUUUUGUCAGAAUUUCACCUUGAGAAAGAGGAGCUACUGGAAGUGAUGCGGAGAAUACAGCAGGAAAUGGAGAAGGGCCUGCGGCUUGAAACUCAUAAAACAGCCAGUGUCAAGAUGCUACCCACUUACGUACGUUCAACACCAGAUGGCUCAGAGGUGGGAGAUUUCCUGGCGCUGGAUCUGGGAGGCACAAAUUUCCGUGUGAUGCUAGUGAAAGUCGGUGAAGAUGAGAACCAGAGUUGGAAAAUUACAACCAGUAACCAGAGGUACUCCAUUCCGAUUGCUGUCAUGACUGGCACAGCAGAAAUGCCUAAAGACUGGCGGGUGAAGGAGGAGGCCUCCGGACGAGCCAAAUAUGGCUCGACCCCAGCCUGGGUUCUUCGGUCGAGCAAGGAGCAGGAUUUUGAAAUGGAUGUGGUCGCCAUGGUGAAUGAUACUGUUGCAACAAUGAUCUCCUGUUAUUAUGAAGACCACAGUUGUGAGGUUGGAAUGAUCGUAGGCACUGGCUGUAAUGCCUGUUACAUGGAGGAAUUGAAAAAUGUGGAAUUAGUGGAAGGAGAAGAAGGAAGAAUGUGUGUGAACACUGAAUGGGGGGGUUUUGGAGACACGGGUGAGCUCAAGGAGUUCCGUCUUGAAUACGACUGUAUUGUCGAUGAGAUGUCUAACAAUCCAGGUUAUCACCUAUAUGAAAAGAUUAUUGGUGGGAAGUACAUGGGUGAGCUAACACGACUUGUGCUGCUGAAACUGGUAAAUCAAAACCUGCUCUUCAAUGGAGAGGCAUCCCAGCUGCUGGAAACACAAGGCAGCUUUGAAACAAGCUUCCUCUCACAAGUAGAAAGUGACACAGGGGACCAGAAGCAGAUCUAUAAUGUUCUGACAAAACUAGGCUUGUUGCCAUCCAAAGCAGACUGUGAUAUUGUCCAUUUGGUAUGUGAGAGCGUUUCAACACGUGCGGCACAUAUAUGUGCUGCUGGAUUGGCAGGUGUUAUAAAUCGCAUGUGGGAGAACAAACACAAACAAACAAUGAAGAUUACAGUAGGAAUUGAUGGAUCCGUUUACAAGUUACAUCCUCACUUUAAACAUAGGUUUCAGAAAAUGGUUAAAGAACUUGCACCUCCCUGUGACAUCACUUUUCUACAGUCUAACGAAGGCAGUGGUCGAGGUGCAGCAUUAAUCUCCGCAGUAGCAAGCAAGAUGGCCAGCUGAUUGACUGUUAACUUUGGAAAUGAAUAAAUUAACGGAAGUUAAAUGAUAAAUUGCAGAAUCCCUUUGGCCAUUUCUGCAGUUCUUUCUGAUAAACUGAAGAUUAUGCCUUCUAUAUGGAUUGCUGGUGAAAAUACUUCAGUCAGUCCACUUACGAUAAAAGCACGGUAUGUAAUCUCUCUUGGAAAACUCGUGAUAAGCUGCAAGUGGAAAACCCAAGCCCUUGUUUCGAAAUCUGUUUCAACAUGUUGCUCACUCAUCUGUCAGAUCUGUCCUGCCAGCUUCUAAGUAAGGUUAGUGUUCUGGACCAAGUCCAACUCCCUGACUGUGUCUCCUGUAUACAGCAAUGUUUUCACCAACCUGAAGCAUGACUUCAAGAAGAAGACUUCAAUUUGUGUUGAAAAUCACUAGUUUUUUUUCACUAAACUGAAGCAAUGCAUGUUAGAUUAGUGCCUAAGAUGAAAUUUGAGUGAUUGCUACCUGUUGACUGAUGCGGGUCAGUUUCUUGAACUCUGACUUUUCUUGUUGUUCUUUGUUAUUUUUUUCUUGUUACUUGCACAAGUUGUGGAGUUCCAGUCUUGGCCCUUUGUAGAGUGAUUUCAAUGUCAAGAGGUUACAGGCCUUUACAAUGUCAGAAACUACAUAAUAUCAAUCUUCCUAAUAGUUAACGUUAUAAAGUGUUAAUUUUCUUGUGAAUUUAUCAAUAAUUAAUCCUGUGGCAAGGUAUGAGUCUCUGUAUAAAACAAAAUAAUUGUUUUCAGAAGUCCAAUAAAAAGCAUGUUGUGCAAAGUUUUAUGACAAUGAAUUCUGUUGGGAAAUUAACUAUAGGAGUGAACAUCUUUUCCCUAAAGCCUGCCCUUAUUGUUGCAGUGUUGGUUGCUCUAUUACCACAUGUACCUUUGGAAGUCAUGUUUGAAUUGAACUUGCAAUCAUACUUAAGUUGAUGACGGUGGUAGAUAUUUUUAAUCAAACUGUUCAGACAUGUUGUUACAGAGUUCCGGAGCAGGUGGGUCUUUUCGCCCAGAGGUUGAGAUACAACCUCUGUGCCACAUAUCCUUAAUGAAAGGAGCUGCUCUCAGCUCCUGACUAUGUUAUAUUUUAAAGGUAAUUUCUCUGGGGGAUCAAACUUAAUUUAUGGCAACUAUUCAGAAAGUUGCUGCAGAGUUCAUCACCUCAAUGAAUUCAUUCACUGGAGCAGUUAGCAGCCAACUGUAGUCAUUUGUUCUUUAAAAAAGUCGAUCUACGGAGUAAAAACUCACUACUUUCAGGGAAGUCAUGCAGAAGAAACAUUCAAUUUCAAAUUAUUUUCCUUGACUUCUUUUCAUACUCCAGCAGUUUUGAUAAAAUUGAAGAAUUUAUCUGAAGUUGGAUUAUUCUUUUAUUGCUCAGACAUCAUUUAAUUAAUAUUCAGUACGUAAUGUUACCACAACUAAAAUUUAUUUUUAAUCUUCAUUUUAAUUCCUGUUGAUACAAACCAUUUGUAAUUAGAAAUCUCAGACGAGUACAGUUGAGAAUAUUCCUUGCUAUAUUUUGUAACAACUGUAACACUUGCAUCGCUCUGUACGAUGACAACCAAAGAGUAUAAAUAUGGUGUAAUUCGUUAUACCUUUUAAAACAUAAUGAUGAGUGAAGUACAAAAAAUAAAUACUGC